ACGUGUUAAGCAUCUCGUUUCUCUUUCGAUUUGAUUCGUUUCGUCCUCGAUCAGAAAAAACUUCUUCUUUUUUUUUUUAAUUUUUUUUCUGGGUUUUCUGAAGUCAAAAGGUUUCUUUUUUCUUCACUGUUCCAAGAUUUUCUUUUGUGUUCUUUUCCUUAGUUGCUCAUUGUUUCUAAAUUUACUUUUCUCGUGAACACAACAAGCAACUUGGCUUGGUUUUGCUAGAAGAUUCCUAAAAAUGAGAUAUUUAGCGGUGACAAAAAGUUUCAUUUGGGUGCUAAUGUAGCUGUAAAGUCUAGGCCUUUCGUUAUAUAAUCUCUUGAAUUAGGUUACGAAACUGUUGAAAAUAGCUAUUUUGUUGUUGUUGUGAUCCAGUGAUAGAUCUGUGAAAUCAAAAAAGCAUUUUCUUUGUGAGAAUCGGGUCAAUGUCGGUUCCGCCUCGAUUCCGGUCCGUAAAUUCCGAUGAGCGAGAGUUCCGAUCAGUUCUUGGUCCUACCGGGAACAAGCUGCAGAGGAAACCGCCGGGGAUGAAACUGGAGAAGCCGAUGAUAGAGAAGAAGACCAUCAUCGAGUCAAAAGAUGAAGAAACGAAGAAACCAACUACUCCGGCUUCUCCAAGGACGACUUUGAAGCAAUGCUCGUCUCUUUGCUCUUCGAUUUUGAGAAAGAACAGUGCCUCGAUGACUGCUUCGUAUUCCUCUGAUGCUUCGUCUUCGUGUGAGUCAUCGCCUUUGAGCGUGGCUUCUUCUUCGAGCUGUAAGAAGGUUAUGAGGCGAAGCGGGUCUGUCUCUUCUACAAGGAAGCUGAGUAUUGGGAAAGAAGAGGACAAGGUUGCUGGUGAUUGCUUCGCUGAUGGUCGUAGAAGGUGUGCUUGGAUCACACCUAAAGCUGACCCGUGCUAUGUUGCUUUCCACGACGAAGAAUGGGGAGUUCCUGUAGAUGACGACAAGAAGCUUUUCGAGUUAUUAUGCCUCUCUGGUGCUCUAGCCGAACUCUCCUGGACCGACAUUCUCUCCAGAAGACAGUUACUCAGGGAAGUUUUUAUGGACUUCGAUCCAGUUGCUGUUUCUGAAAUGAAUGACAAAAAGUUAACAGCGCCCGGCACUGCUGCCAUUUCCUUACUAUCAGAGGUAAAGAUACGGUCAAUCCUCGAUAACUCACGCCAUGUGCGCAAGAUUAUAGCUGAAUGCGGAUCAUUUAAGAAGUACAUGUGGAACUUUGUGAACAACAAGCCUACACAGAGCCAAUUCAGGUAUCAGCGCCAAGUCCCCGUGAAGACAUCGAAAGCAGAGUUUAUCAGCAAAGAUCUUGUACGCAGAGGCUUUCGCAGCGUUAGUCCAACAGUUAUUUACUCCUUCAUGCAAGCAGCUGGACUGACGAAUGAUCAUCUCAUAGGGUGCUUCAGAUUCCAAGACUGUUGCGUAGAUGCAGAAACAACAACAACAACAACGAAGGCGAAGAAGAAGAACGAGAGAGAGGGUGAUAAAUAAGAGCAAUCCUGAAAUAAGCUAAUUAACGUAUUUGAGUACCACCAUGUUGUUUGCUUUUGCUUUCCAAGAUUAAUUGACACAAGGAGGUUUUGUUACCGUGAAAAAAAGUGUUCUCUUUUCUUUUUUCUUUUGGCGUUGUAUAGAUGCUUCUUGGUUAUCGGCUUAUGCACAUAUAGUAGAAUGUUGCGAUGAACUCUUAGACCGGACAUAUUUGUGUGGAUCUACGUAUUAAUUCAGCUUAUUUGACCUA